UUUUUAGACGUCGUGAUGUCGAGUACACCGUCGCCGAAGUCGUCUCUGGCGCAGCUGGUGCUUCACGCCGCGAAGCCCAAGCCGUUCAAAGUGAUGGUGAUCGGCCAGUCCGGAGUCGGGAAAUCAGCUCUGGUGGUGCGCUUCAUAACUCGCCGCUUCAUCGGGGACUACGAUCCUCAUUUGGAGAAGAUCUACUCCUUCCAAACCGUCAUAGACAAAGAGACGGUCUAUUUCGAGAUCUUAGACUCGGCCGGUGGUCCCAAUGAAAGUGAAUACUCAAAUCUGGAAAGCAACAUCCGUUGGGCGGAAGCUUUCAUACUGAUGUACUCUGUGACGGACAAGUGCUCGUUCGAUGAGGUCCACCGCUUGAAAUUCCUCAUCACUUACAACAAGAGACGUCGCAGGCUCACCACGAGCAAGGACAGUGGUCUGGAAGUGCCGGUGGUGCUGGUGGGCAACAAGGCCGACCAAGUGUGGGACCGCAUGGUCACCAUGGACGAGGGCCAGCGCCGCAGCCGCGAGAUCGGCUGCGUCUGCUUCCAUGAAAUAUCCGUGCGGGAGAGCAUCGAACAGGUGUUUAGCGUUUUCCGCGACGUGCGUCGCUUCUGGCGCGUGGGCAGCAAGUGCACGCGCAAGGACGACCUGUCCGCCGUGCUGAGCCGGCCGCUCGUGCGCGCCGCCUCCGACGCCGCCACCGACUGCCUGCCCAACGGCAACGGCGUCUGCGGCUCUCGACGCUGGGCGGAGGAGGACUUCGACGAGGAGGACGAGGGCGGGGAGGCGCGCGGCGGGCGGGUGGGGGAGGGGGCUGCAUCCACAUCGCGGGUGGAGUUCCGCGCGCGCGCCAGCACCGACUCCCGCCUGCCGCCGCGCCCCGCGCGCUCCCGCCACCCGCCACCCUCGCACAUCCCGCCACCGCUGCGCCGCAUGAGCAUCGCCAUGCGCGGGAACAACACCAACACCUUCUAG